ACUAAAAAUGUAGCACUUUUCUUCUCUCUCCCUGCCGUGUGUUCGUGUUGGAUUUUUAUUUUUGGUCCAAGCGGACGCUGCACACCGGACUGGUGAACUUGCAUCUCUUCCAGUUCCUCCCUCUCCAAGGGAACCCUCAAACUAAACUCUUCCCUGUUAACCCACUUAGACGCCCCAUCUCCCCUGUGGGGGCUUCUCUAAGCCGUCCGUCCUACUCUAGAUUUUCUCCUUUUUUUUCUUCUUCUUCUUCUUUUUUUUUUUGAGGGAAGCUAAACCCAAACCAGCAGAAAAAAAAAAGGGGGACACGGGUUAGGAAGACACCCCCCUCCCAAAGGUGAGAGGGGGGGGAAGAUGGCAGCUCUCGCCAGCUCUCUCAUCAGACAGAAACGGGCGGUCAAGGACGACCAAGCCAACCGACCGGUAGCCAGCAAGCGCAAACCCUGUCCGAAGAGCAACAAGUCGCUGUGCCAGAAACAGAUCCUGGUCCUGAUCUCCAAAGUGCGACUAUGCGGGGGUCGAAAAUGUCGAAACGAUAAAAGACCAGAGCCACAGCUGAAAGGUAUCGUUACCCGGCUAUACAGCCAACAUGGAUACUACCUGCAGAUGCAGCCCGAUGGCACCAUGGACAGCACAAGAGAUGAAAGCAGCUCAUUUUCACAGUUCAACUUGAUCCCGGUGGGACUGCGAAUCGUGGCCAUUCAGGGGGCAAAGACGGGGCUGUACCUCGCCAUGAACAGUGAAGGAUACCUCUAUACCUCGGAGCACUUCACUCCGGAGUGUAAGUUCAAGGAGAGUGUGUUUGAGAACUACUAUGUUACGUACUCCUCCAUGCUCUAUCGCCAGACCCAGUCUGGCCGCUCCUGGUAUAUCGGUAUCAACCGUGAUGGCCAGGUCAUGAAGGGCAACCGAGUAAAAAAGACCAAAGGAGCCGCACACUUUCUGCCUAAAGUUAUAGAAGUUGCAAUGUACAAGGAGCCAUCGUUACAUGAGCUCGCCAGCGAACCGGUGAGUCCUCCCCGGAAGACCGUGAAGACGUCAGACUCGCCGUCCCUAAAGAACGGACGGAAAGAAGCCCCCAAAGCGGACGCCUCAUAGCACAGGAGACCGAGGGUGGGACAAAGGGCGGCAGUGACACUGGGAACACAGGUGCCCGUCGUUAUGCACUGAUGGCGGCCGAGGGAACGCCCCCCCCUCCUGCCCCGCCGCCACAUUCCUGACGUGCACUACCUGAUGCUGAAGGUCACAAGGGUCGGCAGUCUAAUAGCAGCCAAGAAGGCCUGAGAGAGGAGCCACCCCCCCGCCCCCCUCAAUUGACACCAUGGAAAGAAAACCACGGGUUCGAGCCAGGACUGCUACCCCCCUCCCCCUCCGCCUCCUCCUGCUAGCCUCCCCCUGUGACUUCUUAACGCACAGGCUCCUUCAUUUCCCUGUCAGACUUUUGCUUCUUUGUCCCGCUGACAAUUUCAUCUGUCCUCACGCGCCUUCCCAUCGCCAGCUCAAUUGUACUGUAUAUUCACCAAUCACGCACCCCCAGCAGUGACUCUGCAUUAUAAUCCUCACCCAUGGGCCCCCCUCUUGAGCCCUGAAGUUGGUGACAGUGUGGCUCAGCCAGCUUUCCCUCUACCAUCUGCCAACCGGUUAAGCUAAUCACCAAGGUCACCGAAAGCUCAGCGCGAGAUGAAAUAGCCGCGAGAGGGCGGAGAUCUGCAGGAAGCCUGGGUGGAGUCGGGUCGGGUCAGCGGGGUCAGGACGGCGUAUGGGGAUAAACCCAUUCAGAGACAAGUUUAUCGCAUCAAAAGCAAUUUAUUUCCUUCUUUUUUUUUUUGUUCACUUUAUAUUAUAAUCUGAAAUAACAGUUAUAAAAAACAAAAUCCUGCCCAGUCCAGGACAAGCUCUGAAUGUUAAGUGUGAUUAAAAUAGU